AAAGGAAAAUUGAUGCUUGCAUUUGAACUGAGCCUCUUCCCCAACCAGACAAAGGUGUUCCGAGUGAGUCACAGAAUCCCAAACUGUGCAUGUCCUUCCAUGGCUGCAUAUGGCACCAACACCAGAGCGCUACUUGUUCUCACGUGAAACUGGGAAUUUGCAUGGGUCCAAUGCUUAGAGUUCCUCCUUAUUUGAACUCCUCUGUAUCACCUAUUUGAAACCUGGCCAUCUUUCCCUCCCACCCCAUUUGUCUUGAACAUGGCUCCUCCACUCCAUCAGUCUCCCUCCCUUGUCAUGGCCUCGUUAACUUUCCUCGCCCUCCUCAACGCUUGCUUCUGUUCCAAUCCGAAACACCCCAAGCUUUCCACCUCAACAUCAAACUGGCUUCCUGCAGGAGCUACGUGGUAUGGGAGCGCUAAUGGUGCUGGAAGCGAUGGAGGUGCUUGUGGCUAUGGAGGCGCGUUGGAGAAGCCUCCUUUCUCAUCCAUGAUAUCCGCGGGAGGCCCCUCGCUGUUCAAAUCGGGCAAGGGAUGUGGCGCUUGUUAUCAGGUGAAAUGCACCGAGAACGCAGCGUGUUCCGGCGAUCCAGUUACCGUGGUGAUCACGGACGAGUGCCCCGGCGGUCCAUGUCUCGAGAAGUCUGCCCAUUUCGACAUGAGCGGGACUGCGUUCGGGGCCAUGGCGUCCUCUGGUCGAGCUGACGAGAUUCGAAAUGCUGGUGUGAUGACAGUGCAGUACGCAAGAGUCCAGUGCAGCUACCCAGGCUUCGACUUGGCCUUCCGUGUCGAUGCUGGCUCAAACCCUUACUACUUCGCCGUCGUCAUAGAGUACGAGGAAGGUGAUGGAGAUCUCGCUGCUGUGGAACUCAUGCAGGCAUCAUCAUCAGCGGAUUCAUCGCAAUGGCUUUCCAUGCAGCAGUCAUGGGGUGCAGUGUGGAAAUUGAACUCAGCUUGGCAGCUGCAGGCCCCCUUUUCCAUCCGAUUGACGACGCUUUUAUCCAACCGGACGAUUGUGGCAGACGAUGUGAUCCCAUCAACUUGGCUGCCAGGGGAAACAUAUCGAUCUACCACACACUGACACCAGUAUCUAUCUUCAUUGGGAGUACCAUAUGUAACUGCUGGUAACUAAUCAUGGCUUAAUUCAUGACAAUAAAGACAAAUUUUAGCCAAUCCUUCCAUUGUUCUGCUCAACUCCAUUUCUUCCAAUUACUCCAAUAAUAAUUCUAGCUCGAACUUGUCAAACACGUUAUCCUCUCAAGCCUUGUGGACUUGUUUUGCCUGUUGAACGAGGCAAGUCAACUCUUCCAGAGGAGGUGGUGGUGAAACAUGGAAUGGAUGCUCUAAAGAAGCAAACCGAAUCCACUACAAAUAAUACCUAUGAUAGAACACAACACAUUUCCUACAUUUUCAUCACUGCAACUACUGUCUUCCUCACUUGGAAUUUCUUCCUGCAUCAACCAACUAUUAUUAAUCUAAACCCAAAGGGUGGGUAGCCAG